GUUACUAACUGAGAAGAAGGAAACAAGUUAUCACAUCAUUUGCAUGGCAAUGGCUUCAUCCUUAAUGUUACCAGCUGCAGCUAUAGUGCUACCUUAUACCACAUCAUCAUCAUCAUCAUCUACUUCAAGAAGAUUUGCUCUCUUUCACCUUGUCACCACUGGUGCUAUUGUUCUCCCAAAAUCUCAGUUAUUUGGUGCAAAAGAAUCAGAGCUGUUUAAAGUAGCAGAGGCUAAUGCUGUAGAAAAGCUAGAACAACCAGAACAAAAUUUGUUUGACUGGGUCAAAAAUGACAACCGAAGAUUUCUCCAUGCUGUGUACCGUGUUGGAGACUUGGAUAAGACUAUAAAGUUCUACAAUGAAUGCCUUGGCAUGAAGCUACUUAGAAAACGUGACAUACCAGAAGACAGAUAUACUAAUGCUUUUCUUGGAUAUGGACCUGAAAAUUCCAAUUUUACCGUUGAAAUUACUUAUAAUUAUGGAGUGGAUAACUACGAUAUUGGAAAUGGUUUUGGUCAUUUUGGUGUUGCAGUUGAAGAUGUUGCAAAGACCAUAGAUCUAAUAAAAGCAAAAGGGGGAAAGGUUACGAGGGAACCAGGGCCUAGUACAGAUGGCAGUACAGUAAUUGCUUUCAUUGAAGAUCCGGAUGGUUAUAAGUUUGAGCUUUUGGAGAGAAAACCCGGUCCUGAGCCACUAUGCCAAGUGAUGCUUCAAGUAGGUGAUCUUGAUCGUGCCAUAGCCUUCUAUCAAAAAGCUGUUGGCAUGAAACUUCUCCGUGAGAGAGACAACCCCGAGAACAAGAACACAGUAGCCAUCAUGGGCUAUGGUCCUGAAGAUAAGAAUACUGUUCUAGAACUGACAUAUAACUAUGGCGUCACUAAUUAUGACAAAGGAAAUGGUUAUGAACAGGUUGCAAUAGGCACAAAUGAUGUCUACAAGACUGCAGAAGCAAUCAAAUUAUGUGGAGGGAAAAUUAUCCGUGAACCUGGGCCCUUGCCAGGUAUCAACACCAAGAUCGUAGCUUGCUUGGACCCUGAUGGUUUGAAAUUGGCGUUUGUUGAUAAUGUUGAUUUUCUGAAGGAACUAGAGUGACUAUUGCACGGUUCUUGAUCCUACUCAUCUUCCAUGAAAUCAUGGUAGUUCAACAAUUAUGUUGGUGAAAUCUUAUAGUAUAGUGGUAACUGUCAAAUCUACACCUUCAUAAAGUAACCCCUCCAAUCACUGUGAGU